AUGUCUGACGAUAACAUUAGUGACAAGAAAGACUCUUCGAACGUCGAGAUGCUUCGUCGCAUCCAGACGGCCGAAAGUGUAUUGCUUCCUAUUCCACGCGAUGCAUUUGAAAAGCUUUAUUUAAGCCCGAAGUUGCCUACGGCGGGCAACUUGCGUCGCACAUUUGGUAACCCGACUCCCAUUUCGCUGAUGGGUUUCUUGCUCGCUGCGACGCCAGCUGCGAUGGAGACAAUGGGUUGGCGAGGCUCAGGCGGAAACGGUGGGGCCAUCCUACCCGUCUUCAUUUUCUUUGGUGGUAUGGUACAAAUAUUGGGGGCUGUGGGCGAGUGGAUUAUCGGGAAUACUUUCUCGUGUGCCCUUUUCUUCACAUACGGAACCUUCUGGGUUGUCCAGGGCACAUCUCAGAUGCCAUUCUACGCAGUUGGAACCAAUUACUCGCCUACCGGAAAUUCAUUAGAGGGAAUGCAGACUCCAGAGUUUGCCGCGACUACUGGCCUCUAUUUUGUCUGUCUCGCCGUUCUGACCUCCAUCUAUGUUAUCUGUUCCAUUCGUACAAAUGUUUGCCUCUUCCUUGCAUUGUUCCUGCUGGUCAUCACCUUUGCAUUGUUUGCCGCGACAUUCUUUCAGCUUGCCCUGGGUAAUGUUGCCUCGGCGGCUAGUUUGCAGAAGGUUGCUGGAGCCUUCAAUCUAGCACUCUGCAUACCAAUUUGGUGGAUUUUCAUUGCCCAGAUCUUCGAAGCCGUCGACUUCCCUUUGACGAUCCCUGUCGGCGACUUGAGCACGAUUGUGCUUGGAAAGAGCCAGAAGGCGAGGAAACACGAAAGUGAACAGCAGUGA